AGUUGUGUUCUGUCAGUGUUAAUUUUGUUGUGUGUAAAAUUAAUCUUCAACAAAAAUAUUAAUUUUUUAUUGAAAAUCAAUGAACUUUCACAACCGGAAGCCCCAAGAUUUCACGCAGGAUGUCCAAAAUCACAGAGGAAGAGGAAGAAAUUGACAUAAUUGGGGAUUAUGAGAGAGAAAUAUCCAACAUCAGCUCCGGGCAGAUACUCUCCUGUGAGUACACUGUCCACCCCCGUUGGCUCACUGACAAUGCUGACCUCUGGGCUGAAAGUGGAAAAGAUGCCCAUCCGGAAAUUGAAUUAUCAGAGGAAAUUAGUGAAUUGGAAUGGACAAAUCAGCAGGUUUCGGACAAUUUAAUAGUCCUGGACAAAGAUCUGCCGGUAACAAUUCAAGAGGAAGUUGUGGCAUCCUCAUCAAAUAAUGCGGGAAAACCCAAAAAGACUCUCCUGCAUCCCAAGAGGGAAUUCCUCAAGAAAUCACUGCAUUUGGAGAUUUUUGAGUCAUCUUCGCAAUCCAAUGUGGAAUCAAAUGAACGUUCACGCCUCCCAUCGCUAUCGGAGAUGAGUGACUGUGAUAGUGGUAGCAAAUGUUCUCAGCGUAUCCCUGCUGAGACAUCUUCGCUGCCACCGCAACAUCCAAAGGAUGUUGUAUCCCCAAAGAGGAAAAAACUGCGAAGGAAGCACACAAGUCGCCCUCCUAGACACAAAAAAUCUCAUCAGGAUGCUGACAUCAUUGGGGAAAAUAUCACAAUUAUCCACGAUCUGGGACAACCAAACACCAGAGAUCACGAGGAGUGGAAUAAUGGGGAAAUUGAGAGAAAACCAUCAUCCACAAGAGAUGAAACAGAUGAAGAAGUUGAUAUUGAGACAGAAGAUCAUCCAGUUGAGCUGAAAAUUCCUCUUCCGGAAAAUUCCCACAUGCCGUCUCCUGUGGAAGAGAAGAAACAAGACUCCCCGGAGAAAGUCCCUCCACGUCGUGAAGCCUCCCAAGAGAUCAAAGAAAUUCUCGAUAGUGAAGAAAUCCCGCGGGAAGAACUAAAAAUCAAUCCCAAUGAAAUAACUCCCAUUGAAAAGUAUAUUUUUGCCGAAUUUUUCGAUGGGAGACAAACAAAAACUCCCGAUCGCUUCCUGAAGAUCCGCACGCAUAUCAUCAAUUCGUGGAUAAAUGCAAAACCAUCCUACGUGGGGAAGACAGCUGUGAGGAAUGGCCUGAAGAAUUGUGGAGAUGUCAAUUGCAUUAGCAGGAUCCACACGUUCCUCGAGCAGGUUGGAGUCAUUAAUUUUGGGCAUUCUGGAGAAUAUUUUCACUACAUUCGUCCUCUUUGGCGACUUCUGGAUGCCUUUACGACUGUUUCCAAGAAAAGCUUCACUCCAGCAGAUGGAAAAGUCACGGCGGUGCCCACAAAGAGGAAUCGCAUUCGAUACAGUGAAGGGGUAAAUGUGACAAUUCAGCACACGGAAGAUACCCUCCUCCGAAUCCCAGCUGCUCGUGCGAAGAAUCAACAGCAAUGGAAGCGAUCGCGAGACAUUGAACUGGUCAAAUGCAGAAAAUUCUCUCCCACAGAAAUCCCUCCGUUUUCUGUUAAAAUCACCCUCGGGACCCUCCUGUGCCUCCACCUGCACUCCUUGUCAUCCCACUACGAAGUAAUGGGCUUCCUCGGUGGUCAUCGGCAUUCCAACACAAUCUUCCUGCAACGCUACAAGCCCUGCCGAACGUCCAAGCAGAGUGGAACAAUGUGUGAAAUGUGCCCCGUAUCGCAGGUUGAGCAAGCCGAUAGUCUCAUAAUGGGGGGCUUCCAGCUACUCGGAUGGUUCCAUUCACACCCCCUCUUCCCCCCAAAUCCCUCGAGAAUGGACAUUGAAACCCAAGGAGAGAUUCAGAGGCUAUUCUCAGCAGACGAUACACCCUUCAUGGGCUUCAUCCUUGGGUGCGUUGAGAUGAACUUCAAGUGCAUCUACAACUACAUCCUCGAUGAAUCUCUCGAUUCGGAAUCUGCCGUCUAUGAGAUUGAUGUUGAAAUUAUACCUGAACACAGUGAUCUGCAGAGUGAUCUUCGGGAUAUUCUUCCUUUUUGCGGGAAAUUGAAUGAGCAAACAGUACAGAAGUUUAAGGACUCCGCAAGGACGCUCCUUCAGCAGCAGGGAUUGAGCUGUGACAUUGAGAACCUUCUCAAUUUUUCCAGUUGUGUUUAAACCAUCAGUCACGCCGGAAAUAUUUUUAAGGAAUAAAUAAUUUCUAAAAUA